AUGUCGAAUACUACCACUGCUGCUAUCUCAUCGGAUGAGACAUUGACGAUUUUCAAGGCAUGCAGUGAAGCGAUUGACUACGACGAUGGAGCGAAUGCGUAUGCACUACUGCAGUGCGUGUCGUCUCAUAUAGAGUCGGACAUUGACGCCACCCAACAUGCACUGCGGUCGUACUUGUUGCUGUUGAGCGGGGCGCUGAUUUUCUUCAUGCAAGCGGGUUUUGCCAUGCUGGUCGCUGGCAGUGUGCGACGCAAGAAUACUCGAAACAGUAUGCUCAAGAAUUUGCUAGAUGCGGCGGGUGCCGCCAUUGCGUACUUUUGUGUGGGAUAUGGGUUUGCGUUUGGUGGGGAAAUGAACGAAUUUGCCGGCAGCGGAUUGCCGGACACGACCUUUAUUGGAUUGGAAAACUUUUUCGGACAAGGCGAAAUUGAUUAUCCCUUUUACUUUUUUCAAUACACGUUCUUUGCGGCAUCGGUCACGAUUGUUGCGGGAACGCUGGCCGAGCGAUGUCAAAUGGGAGCCUACUUGGGAUACUCCAUGUUCUUGACGGGAUUUGUCUAUCCCGUCGUGGCGCAUGCCGCAUGGACCGCUCGAGGAUUCCUCUCGCCGACUCAUGUCGAGCCGCUCUUGGGAAUUGGAAUGGUCGACUUUAGUGGUAGUGGUGUCGUUCAUUGUACCGGAGGAUUCACGGCCUUGUAUGCCACCAAGAUUCUCGGAAGUCGCAGAGGACGAUUCUACGAUAUCAACACGGGAGCCGCGCUCGAUGUCCCCAAGCCCAUGCCGGGUCAUUCCGUUGCCUUGCAAAUGCUAGGCAGUUUCAUUCUGUGGUUUGGUUGGUACGGCUUUAAUCCUGGAACGGCUCUCUUGCUGACUGACAAUCCGUAUCAAGCAGAGAUUGGAGCACUCUGUGC